UAUGCAAAUUUCUAUACUCUCAAAUGUCUAUAUCUCUUAAAUGUCUAUAUUUGAGCAAAUAUCGAAAAUGUUGGGAAGCUAUUUGAGUGACAGAAACAUUUGAGUGCUCAAACAAUGAAACUUUCUUUAGUUAGUAUCACCCUUAUUCGGGCUAAGCCGGCCUUCUUUAGUUAGUAUUGACGGCUCAAACCGCCAUCAAUUUUACCGGCCGAACUGAACUGGAUCAGAUCAUGACCCGUAAUAAUGAAUAUACAUACUGUCAUGAUCAUGGAGAAGCCAGCAGCUACGCAGCUUAGCUAAACCACGGCCGGCACCAACCAACCAAAACAUGCUUUUGUACAUCUUUGACGUCAUCGGCCGGUGAAAGCAAAGCAAAGAGAAGACUGGAAAGUGGAAACCAUAGACAAUAUCAUCACCAUGAAAAAUCAGUGUCUCCAGGACGACAGCCUAACAACGACAUGACAGCAAAUCGACAUGAGACCAGUUGCUUCUCUGGGAGAGAAUUGCAAAUGUCGAGAGGAUUUGUGGUAGAACUGUUAUGACCUUUUAAUAUUAACGAUUUUUUAAGGACCAAACGUAUAAUGGGAUUUGUGUGAAGUAUUAUUGCUGCAUCAGUUUGAUGUGAAAGGGUCCAUCUUUUCUUCGAAUAAGAUCAACCCUCUUAGGUUUAAGUAUAUUAAAGAAAGCUGGUGUUAGUCAUUGGUCAUUAUUUUUAUGUAUAUAUAUACAUACACAAGACAUGUAUAUUAUUAUUGAUAAACGACUAUAGUACUAUUUGUGGUCUGAAAGUCCUAUUUUUGUUCUAAAAUGACACAAGUUAUCUUUAUUGGAUUAGUUGUGACAACGUCUGAAAAUAAUUUUCGAAAGAACACAAAAAUUAAAAAUUUAAUAGAAAACUUUAUCUCAAAUUAUUUUUAUAUAAUGUUAUAACUAUUUUUAUUUUAUUAUAUUGAAAAGUUGGGCCAACUCUCAAUUUUGGAACAUGGCCUCCACGAUUCAUUGGAUGGUCUGCAUAUGUGAAUAUUAUUUACAACCUGUUUACCUUUAAAAAUUAAAUUAGUUACUACGUUAAGUAAUUAUAAAAAAUUUAAUAACUUUAUAAGAUCAACUCAACAUUAAGCAUUAAAAGACUUAAAUUGUGCUUAAUUAAAUUAUUUUUGGGGCCAGUGGCCAAGCGCCUCUCCUUCUAACCUAAGUCGGCAAGCAGCUUCAUCUCCCUCAUCUAGGUUGUGGCCUGGUCCAAGUUGGCCUCAAUAGACUCCAUGUCAAGUUAACUUCCAAAAGGUAAGUCUAGAACCUCGAAGGUGGAGACAUGCCAGACAAUAUAACAACCCGAGGAGACAGGCUAGGUGGCAAGGUGAUGGGGUUCAAAGCCGAAAAGGCGACAAGGUAUCAAACAAACAGUAUGGGCAUGCCGGCAAAGCGACGAAGUAACUCGCUUAGGAGGUCAUCCAAAAUCUAAGUAUGGAGCUCAAACCGGUGAUCCGAACUUGAUAUCAAGAUGACAAGUUGACAGAGCAUCAAGCCUGAAUGUAUCAGGUUAGAAAGAUUGACUUGGAGACGGGCAUGGUUGGAAGCUAACAAAACUGGCUUGUCGGCAAGGUGACAGGUGGCAAGCCGACGAGUUAGGUAACAAGCCGAUGAGAUGGACUUGCCAACAACAUGGUAGGGUGUCUAGCCAAUUAGACAGACUUGGUACCAAACUAGUAGGGUACCUAGCCGACAAUACGGGUUUGUCGGCAAAGGCAGCAAGGUACCAACUUGAUGAGGCAAAUUUGGUGCUUAGAUCCUCUAGGGAGUAUCCAAAAGCUAAGUAUGGAGAUCAAACUGAUAGGUCACCAAAGCCAUCAAGAUGAACUUGUUGACAAUUUGACAUAAUGGUCUUGAUGGCAAGGAAAAAAUCUAUCAAGAUGACGAGACUGGCUUGGUGACAAGAUCGAAGGUAUCAAGCUGAUGAAAUGAGCUUGGUGACAAGUUUGCUAGGUAACAAGUUGAAAAGAUGGACUUGCUACCAAGCCAACAAGAUGGUAGCAUGUCAAGCUUUCCUAGACAAAAUAUGAAAUCUUGAUGGGUAAGUGACCAUGUACUUAUGUUAAGUCUAAGUUGUCAUCACUUCAAGGUGGGUAACAAGGCCUAGAUAUAAUGUCGUAGAACAUUUUUUUUUUUUUACCUUUUUGGUAACCAGGAUCGUAAUCCCUCAGGGCCUCGCAUGAUCAAUUACUCAUAUCGUAAGAAACUUGUACUUUGGACUUUUAAAACUAAUGCGGAGGUUGAAGUGCCUUGAUGUUGAGGUUCCUCUUAGUUAUUGACAAAUGAAAAUGAAUCUGAAAGUUGAGGUGCCUUUGAGGUUGAGGUAUCAAGCUGAUAUAAUAGUACUUUCUACGUAUCAUAAACAUUAUCGUAAAAAAUUAAACAAGUUAAAUUUUUUAUAAGUAGGCAAAGAAAGGAAGUCCAACACACUUACAUGUACUCUAACGCUAUGAUUUCAUGAUUUAUCCAUCAGAAGAAAAAGAGACAAAGAAAAGUUUUCCACUUGAUUAUCAUAUGCCACAUGCAAGAUGUUGUGUGCUUUUAAUGCCCGUGAGAUAGAAACCAUUUUGUUUAGAAUAAUAGUUCGAAAAUAUUUAACCAACCCUCAAGUAAAAAAAUUGUGAAUGGUGGUGCCUAAGCUUACACAAGGGAAAUUGAUGUAGGCCGGUUAAAGGUGGAGGAUGCUUGUAUUAGGGGCAACCAUAUGUCCACAUGCACAAGCUACCAUUGACCUUUGAUUCUACUAAUUACAAUUCUUUUUUUUUUUUAUAGAAACUACUAAUUACAAUUCAAAAGAGGGUCUUGCAUGAAUUUAUGAGACAUUUGAUGUGUAAAGAUUUUUGGUCACCGUCCACUCCUCCUCCCAAACACAAACACAUCAUUUUCUUCUCGUUGCUUCACCUUCAAUCCUAGCUAGGCAAAGUAGAAGGAAGAACUGACAAACCCAAUAAACAAUGGAAAAUCAAGAAGCUAUAUAUUUUUUUUCUUAAGAUUAAAAAGAGUUGACCUUUAGAUGGAGAUGAUGUGGCCUUGAGAAUGUUUCCCCUAUAAAAUCCAGCCUUUUGUACCUUCCUUUCUUCUUCACUGCAAACCCAGCACCUACCAAAACAGAAGCCUUACAAAGUUCAAAGCUUUUUCCCCCUCCUUUAAUGGCUAUCCCAGUGGUUGAUUUCUCCAAGGUUGGCAAUGGUGCUAGCCCUGAGGAAAGGGCAGCAACCAUGGCUCUCAUUGCCAAGCACUGUGAGGAGUGGGGAUUCUUUCAGCUGGUGAACCAUGGAAUCUCAGAGGAACUCCUUGAAAGGGUGAAGAAAGUUUGCACAGAGUUCUUCAAGCUGGAAAGAGAGCAGAAUUUCAAGGAAUCUCCCCUGUUCAAAUCCCUCAGUGAUCUGCCUGAUGGCCAAAAGUUGGAGAAUGUUGAUUGGGAAGAUGUCAUCACACUUCUUGACCACAAUGAGUGGCCCUCCAAAACCCUUGGAUUCAAGGAGACAAUGGCAGAGUACAGGGCAGAGCUGAGGAAACUUGCGGGGCAAGUAAUGGAAGUGAUGGAUGAGAAUUUGGGUUUACCAAAAAGUUACAUCAAGAAUGCAUUCAACAGUGGUGGAGAGGAAGCCUUCUUUGGGACAAAAGUGAGCCACUACCCACCAUGCCCCAAGCCAGAGAUGGUGAACGGGCUGAGGGCCCACACCGAUGCAGGCGGGGUGAUCAUGCUGUUCCAGGACGACGUCGUUGGAGGGCUCGAGGUGCUGAAAGACGGGGAGUGGUUCGACGUGCAGCCGAUGAGGAACAGCAUUGUGAUCAACACCGGGGAUCAGGUCGAGGUGCUGAGCAAUGGCAGGUACAAGAGCGCCUGGCAUCGAGUCCAGGCGAAGCCAGAUGGCAACAGGAGGUCGAUCGCGUCGUUCUACAACCCGUCGAUGAAGGCCACCAUUGCUCCAGCUCCACAGCUUGUGGAGAAUGGUGAGGUGGGAGUUGAUGCCUUUGGGUACCCUGAGUUUGUGUUUGGGGACUACAUGUCUGUUUAUGCAGAGCAGAAGUUUGACCCAAAGGAGCCAAGGUUUCAGGCUGUUAGAGCCAUGUGAUGUGUGGUUACCAACUGUGAGUUGGGUUUCCUUUUUUUUUUUUUUGGUGUUUUUUCUCCCCUUUUUUCAUUUUGUUUUUACUUGAUAGCCAAAAGGGUUUGCUCUUUCUCUGAACAAUACAUAAUGUGUUGGGAGAAAUGAAGUGGGUUAUCAGUGACAGUCUGUGUGUGUGUUUUUGUGGAUUUUGAUUUGUCUAUCAUGUAUUAUUACUACUGGCUUUGAGAUGGAAUGGUUGGGGAGAAAUGCAUUAUGCAUACAUGAACUUGGUUGGCUCUCUGUACCAUAUACUAUAUAUGUCAUAUUCUAAUGGAGAACUACUAUUAUACAGUGAAUCUUUCUGUUCUUGUUUUUUCCUCCUUUUUUUCUUUUCCUAGCUAGUUGGUGCACUUUGCAUAAGAGGAAAAAAACUAGCACAGCAUGUGUUUGUUGGUGGGAAUCCAUAUAUGAAUGCCACCCCAUAUUUUAAUCUUCUUUUGUAUAAUAUAAAAUUUGAAAAAAUCAAGAAUCAAACCAGAAAUGUACUUUAAUUUCUUUUUUAUGUACUAUUAUAUUGAGUUUGCUAGUUGUUAAUGAACCGAAAAGAGCAAUGACGACAUAACGUUAUGUUCGAAUUAUACCCAAUGGUGUCAAAAUUUCAGUUGAUGUGGGUUUGAAUUAAAAACAAAUUUAGUAAAUUGAUGUUGUUUGGAUUUUUAGAACGAUCUUUGACGUAUUUUCAUAUUUCAAAAAACUUCUAAAAUACAUUUAUCAUUAUCAAGGUUGAGAACAAAGAAGAACCUUCGAUGAGUUAGAGGUUGACGAAGUGGAGAAUAAACAAUUAGAGGGGUA